AUGGAGAGGACCUGGUCGAUGGGCAAAAUCACCGGGAGGGAGCAUUUCCGUUCGGGCUCGGGAAUACAGCUGCAGCAGCAGCAGCAGCAGCGGCGGUGCAGCAGCAGCAGCAGCAGCAGCAGCAGCAGCAGGAAAAGCACGUUGGCGGAAAGAGCAGCGAAAGGCGCAGCAAGGAGCGGCGAAAGCGGGGAGUGCGCGGGUGCGCAGCAUAACAGCAAAGGAGGGAAAAGAGCAGCAGCAGCAAACGGAGAAGAGCAGCAGCAGCAGCAGCAGCAGCAGCAGCAGCAGCAGCAGCAGCAAAGUGACCUCCAGCAGCUUCAUGACCGCAGGGACUCCGAACUCGCCGGAGUCCCCCUCGAGGGCCUUCAGGGCGGAGCCUCGGAUGAAGGGCGUCUUCUCGCCCUCGUAGCCGUACAGCGACAGCAGCUCCCGCACCUGCAGCAGCAGCAGCAGCAGCAGCAGCAGCAGCAGCAGCAGCAGCAGCAGCAGCUUGUUGCUUCCGCGGGACUCUCAACUUCAACUCCGCCUGAGCUCACCUCGAGCUCCACCAACUCCACCAACUCCAUGUCCUCCACCAUGUCCAUUUUGUUCAAAAACACCACCAGACGCGGCACCCCCACCUACAGCACCAGCAGCAGCAGCAGCAGCAGCAGCAGCACCAAACAGCAGCAGCAGCAGCAGCAGCAGCAGCCCUGUUUGGCGAGGAUUCCGUGCUCCCUG